AUGCCAGCGAUUUAUGACAUGGACGACCAAGAGGAAUGUUUCUUUGAUUCAAAGAGCGAAGAAUUUAAUUAUUGUAUCGCAACGACAAUCAUUAAGCCGGAUAACACAUCGAGCGCAUGGAAUGUAGUUCAGUAUUUUAACGCAUCCUCGAAUGUCGCUGAUGGCCUCACACAACGGCUAAAGUUACGUUAUGACCGAAUGAUAAACAUUUGUGUCAAUCGCAAGCUGCAGAAAUAUAGUUUACAAGGUUUCUCGACGAUUGUUUACUGCAAAGGAGAGGAUUUAAUGACACAUCCUGGCAUUGAUAAGCACGACUAUUUGCUUGUGUCAAUAUUGGUACCGAUAAUAAUUCUUCUCGUUAUUGCUUCAUUCAGCAACUACUUACGUCGGGAUUACCGGGAACAGAAUAAAUUUGAGAAAUAUUUGUAUUGCUUCUCCGUCCAAAGGAAUUGGGUUAAACUAACAUCCAUUAACUCGAAUGAGCUUACAAUUGAAUUGGGUUGUGUACAAACAGUUCGACUACUAUUUACCCUUCUUAUCGUCUAUGGGCACGUUGUUCGGGAUUUAUUGCGGCACCCAACGAAGAGUCCGGAGUACUUUGAGCAGAAGUUCCACUCGGUCUCCGGCAUGUUUCUGAUGAACGGCGUUUAUGUGGUGCAGACAUUUUUCAUUAUCGGCGGUUUUAUGUGGGCGAUCGCCUUCACCGAGGUAGCAAAACGUGCGAAAAGCGUCACGGCAUGCACCGGACUAAUUGCCAUAGCUUUGCGUUACCUCAGAUUAACACCGGUCUAUGCCAUUUUCAUGGCAUUGCAGUUAUCUUCCGUGUUCAUGCCCACGAAUAUCUUUUUGCGACGCAGCUUCUUGCAAGAACGGGAAAAUUGCCGUGCAAAUGGAUGGAGCAAUCUACUGUACAUCAACAACUAUUAUCGCACCGAUGCAAUUUGCGUCGGGCACUCGUGGUACUUAUCUGCAGACUUUCAGAAUGCAAUUGUCGGCACGAUUAUCCUCAUUUGUGCAUCAUGUAUAACAUGUAAAAGUUUUUGUCUUUCAGGAAUUUUGAGGAAAUUCUUCAAUUUUCCAUUGUUUCAAAUCCUGGCACGACUUACAUACUGCAUGUAUCUGGUGCACAAAACCACUCAAGGGAUUUUAAUUGACAAUCUCGGAUUCACAAGAAUCACAAGUACAACUAUUUUUACUUUGGCAACUUCCAACAUAACCAUGACGCUCGUACUGUCAUUUAUCUUAUCAAUAGCCAUUGAAUUCCCAUUUACAUCAAUUAUGAAAUUGAUUCUGCAACAAAAGCCGAAUAAUAAUAAUGAAGUUGCACAAUGUUCAUGUCGUAGCAAAGUGACCAACGAGAGAAACGACAAUGACGACGCUGUUGUGAAUAAUAAUAACGUAAACAUCAAACGAGGAAAACAAAGCAUUCAAAUGGUACCACAACGACAACCAGAGGAAGUCCAUUAUAAUGAACGAAAAACGGCACAUUGUUUAGACGAUUGCAAUUUAUUCUGA